UGAAAAACCCGUCACCUAGCAGCUAUUACUUCCGUGUCACUCGAGCGAACGCUCCAAUGGUCAAUGUAAACAAUGUCCAACAAAGAAGUGAAAGCCGCACUGAAAAGCGCCAGAGAGGCCAUUAACAACAAAGAGUUUAAAGAGGUGUUAAGGCACUGCAAGGCUGUUCUGAAACUCGAAAAGAACAAUUACAAUGCCUGGGUGUUCAUCGGCAAGGCAGCCAGCGAGCUGGAGCAACCCGACCAGUCACAAGCAGCUUAUAAAAAAGCAGCGGAGCUGGAGCCCGAGCAGCUGCUGGCCUGGCAGGGUUUAGCCAAUCUUUAUGAAAAUACUGAUCAGUGGGAUUUCAAAGAUGAGCUACCUAAUGUCUACCAGAAGCUUGUGGAGCUUUAUGCAAGGACGGAUAAAAACAAAAGCUACGACAUGAUCAAAAAGCUGUCCGAUAUUUAUCAGUCCGACAGGGAAUAUUUGAAGCUGGCUAAGGUUUGGCUCCAGCUCGUCCAGCUGAAGGAGGAAGAGGGCGCGGAUAAGAAGGAGCUGGUGCAGCUAUUGCAAAACAUGACCCAACUCCUCUCCGGCUGCUUCAGCGACAACGAGCAGGACAAUGAAACUCAACAGCAUCUGAUAACGGCGUUUGAGAAGGCCAUGGUGCUCACUGAGCCUGUGCCUGGAGAGGAGCACAGGAAGCUCUCGGCUGACUAUAUUAAAUGUCUUUCUAAACUGCCACACGAAGAGGCCAAAAUGAAAGAGGCAUGUCAUUCCAUGCUGUCUGCGUACCCGAGCCAAACCUACCCUCUAGAGGUCCUUUGCAAUCACUAUCUCAAAACAAAUAACAUGGAUGAGGAUGCAGUCAGCUGUUUUUCCCGACUACUGGAACUGGCCCCUAACAGCGGAUUGGGUCACUUGGGUCUCGGUACCAAGGCUCUCCUGGAGGGGCGGUAUAAAGAAGCUGUUGAUGACCUGACUAAGGGAAUAAAGCAGAUGAGCUCAGCAGCAGGAUGGUGCAGCCUGGCUGAGGCGCAGUUUAAAAUACACAGAUACUCCGACAGCGCUGCAUCAAGCUCACAAGGGCUGAACGUUUGUGCUAAAGAUGACAAACAGCUGAGGGACAAACUCCUUCGGCUGAAGCUGGAGGCUUUAGUGAGAUGUGAAGGAGAGCAAGCUGCCGAUCAGGCUUUGGAGGCAUUUUCACAGAUUACAGAGGCUGAAAAAGAUCCGGUUCUGUUAGCCCUGAAAGGCCGUGCAUACCUCAACAAAGGACAGACUGAUCAAACACUCAAGCUGUUGUCAGACCUCGAAGCCUCCCACCCAAACCUGUCUCAGGGAUUGUUUCUGAGAGGACUGGCACGUUUAGCUGAAGGUCAGCUUAAGCUGGCCGAGCAGAGCUUCUUACAGGCCGCAAAGGAGAGCCCAGACAGCGGGGAAUAUUUUUUCUUCCUUGGAAAACUGUACUGGGACAUGGGUUCAGAGACGCGUAAAGACCGCAGUAAAACUCAUACGCACUUGUUGAAGGCAGCAAAGCUAGAUCCGCACCUUGGCUGUGCGUUUCGCUACCUUGGCCAUUAUUACCGGGAGGUGGCAAAUGAUAACGCUCGGGCACAGGGGUGCUACAGGAAGGCCUUUCAGUUGAACAGCGAAGAUGCCGAGUCUGGCGCUGCUUCGGUGGAUCUCAGUAUGGGACAGGGAGAUAUGGACAGUGCCUUGGCCACGCUCGAGUCGGUGAUAGAGAAAGCCACGCCAGGCUCAGCUAAGUGGGCCUGGAUGAGGCGAGGCCUGUACUUCCUGAAGGUCGGAGAUCAUCAACAAGCUAUAUCUGACUUGCAGGCUGCUUUGAGGGCCGACCCCGAGGACUGGGUCUGUUGGGAAUGCCUAGGCGAGGCCUACCUCAACAGGCGGAGCUUCACGGCGGCUCUGAAAGCCUUCGGCAAAGCACAUCAGCUUCAGCCCGGCUCCAUCUACAGCGUCUACCAGGCGGCUGCCAUCAAGCAGACUUUGGGGAAGUUCAAGGAGGCAGUGGAUGAGUAUUUGCAGAUCACAACACAGCAGGACUACGUUCCCGCUCUCAAAGGCCUCGGGGAGUGCCAGCUGUCUUUGGCGAAGAGUUUAAUGGAGGACAGCAGAGACGGAGGAGCUAUUGACCUCAUUCAACAAGCCAUACACAACCUCUUCAGGGCUGUGCAGCGGCGACCGGACCUGUCUUGUUUGUGGAAGCUGCUGGGAGACGCUUGCACUGCUGUUAGAGUUGUUUCGCCCAACAGGGCUCAGGUCGCCGUGCUGACCUUACUCUCUGGGUUUGACGCCAGCACACAGGACCGCAAGUUGAACCAAGCUCAGACACUGAAAGCUGGGGAGAGGUGUUACGCUCACGCUCUGAAGUUGAUGCCUGAGGUUGCCAGCCUUUGGUAUGACUUAGGGUUCAAUUAUUACUACCAGGCCACUAUCUCACCUUGCCCUACAGACGAACACCAAAACUGCCCCUCUCUGAGCCUGAAGAAGGCGCAGCAGUGCUUGAAAAAAGCUAUCCAGAUGGACAGUGGGAACUAUAGCUACUGGAAUGCCUUGGGAGUGAUUUCUAUGUGCAAAGGUCUGGAGAGCUAUGCUUUGGCUCAGCAUUGCUUCAUCAAGUCCAUACAGGCUGAGCCCAAUAAUGUUGUCGCCUGGACCAACCUCGGUACGCUGUAUCUAAAAAAGGACAAUAUAGAGCUUGCACAUGAAGCCUUCAAAAUUGCACAGUCUUUGGAGCCGCUGUAUGUCAACUGCUGGAUUGGACAGGCGCUGAUCGCAGAACGUGUGGGAAGCUACGACACUAUGGAUCUAUUCAGGCACACCACUGAACUCAGCACACAUAUGGAAGGCGUCAAAGGUUAUGCCUACUGGGUGUGUUGUACCCUUCUGGAUAAGAGUAACAGAGACAGUGAACUGUACCGCUACAACAUUGUGCAAAUGAACGCCACCUCUGCCGCUCAUGUAGCACUCUGCAAGUACACAGAAAGAAUCCAGUCUGACCCAGAUGCCUUCAUUAUGCUGGGUUACCUUAAUGAACAUCUACAGCUCAAGAGGCAGGCCUUACAGGCAUACCAAAGAGCUGUUGAACUGCUUCAGUCCUCAUCCUCUUCAGACGUGUCGGUCUUUGCCCUUGGCAGCUAUGCGCGCGCUUUAUGCAACUCGGGCCAAUGGGAGGAAGCGGUGCAGGUUUAUAAGUCCACUCCACUUCAGGAUCUUAGUGACCUGGUAGGGCUGGCUCUGGCCUACUGCAGGGCGGGACUCGUCCCAGAAAGCAUUAGCGCGUAUGAGCGUGCCUUGGCUGCGGCUUCCAACGAGAAGGAGAAGGCGUAUAUCUUGACUGCUCUGGCCUUGCUGCAGCACCGACAGGGCAACCUAGACUCUGCCAAGACUCUGCUUUUCAAAUGCUCAGUGUUGAAGGAGCCGAUCUCAGAGUCUCUGCUGUGCUUGUGUGCGCUGGGACUGGUCCAUAGAGAUGCUACGCUGGCUGCUGCCGCCCUGGCUGAGCUGCUGAAGCAAGGCGCAGCCUCAGGGAGGGUGGUGGAGCAGCGGUGUCUGCUCAGCUGCUCCCUGCUGGCCCUUCAGGGCAACUACAGCGCAGUACAAAGAGAGGCCUCCAGAGCUGUGCACAGCAAUCCUGGAAAUCCAUCUCUUUGGGCUCUUCUGUCCAGAGUCACACCGCAGUACUUCCCCAGAAAGGCACGGGGGGGUGCAGUAGCCGGCCACAUUGCCUGUCUGUUUAGUAUGACUCAGGGGAAGAGGGCGCUGUUGUACAGUGGCGUGAACCAAUUGGCUUGUGGGAGACAUAGCGGAGAGGAUCCUCACAGGAAUGCGCUGAAGACCAUGCAGAAAGCUGUUCUGCUCUGUCCCGACGAUCCAGCAGCAUGGGCAGGAUUAAUGGCAGCCUGUCACACUGAAAACACCUCCUGUUAUCUUUCUGGCUCUACUCCUCGCAGACAUUCCUUGGAACUCACUCUGAUGUCCGUGGUUUCUGAGAAAGUGCGCAGCGUGGAGGAGAUGGCGCGCCCUCUAGCCCAGGCUCUGGAAGGCUGGGUGCUACAGCAGGCUGUGGCUGGUCUAGUGCAACAAGGACAGCUGGAGCAGGCCGAGGCCCUCUGCAUGCAGGUUCUCAAUGUGUCCCCCGAGCACCCAGCAGUGGUGCUGUCGCUGACACAGGUCCAGUGUCAGCGCCUCCUCGUGACGGACGGCGGCACUGUCCUUCCAGAGCAGGUCCUGGAGCAGCUGAACAAAGCUGUGAUGAUGAACCCUACCAACCUUGGAGCUUGGCAUUGGCUGGCUGAGGUGUAUCGUAGCCAGGGCCUCCUGGUUCAGGCUGUAAUGGCCUAUAGACAGAGUCUGCAGCUUGCUCUGCAGCUCGGUGCGCACAGCUUCCAGGUCGGCAGCCUGCUCCGACUGGCUCUGCUGGCCCUUGGACCCUGUAUGGCUGGAGUCCCUGGAAAUGACUGGAAGGAUCUUGUGAUGGAAGCCACUACAGAGGUUUUGAAGCUGGGCUCUUCUCCCAUGGCCCUCCUCUUCCAGGCCUUACUCCAGUAUGUGACCAAGAUGGCUGCAAGGGAAACGAGGCGUUUGCUGGAGAGGCUGGUUUACGGUUCAUCUGGUGACUUCCCGGUGACAGUGGUGCAGGUGGCGAGUUGGUACCUGCUCAGGCACCUGCUUGCCAAAAAUGACCAGGAACUCGUCAAUGUUCUGCUGCAACAUGCCAAAAUGAAUGGAAAUCAAAGGCUUCUGGCGUUUUACUCAGAGCUAACAUCUUCCUCAUCCUGAACGCUGCACCUGCAUCUUUUUGCAUGUAAUCAAAUGAGCAGAUAAGCGGGUUUCUCCAUAAGCAAGCCAUCAAUUAACUUUAUUUUUUAUUUUAUUUUUUGCAGACGUUGCAAAACAUGAAUGUAAGGCAUCGUGAAUCAAGACUUCAAAAUUAUGGUUUUAUUUACAUUGUUUUAUUUCAUUUUAUUCUUCUUUGGAUUCUGAAAAUGAAAUCAGAUUUUUUUUAUUACUAAAGUCAUAACAUAUUUCCUAAAACCAUGCAACCCAGUCCACAUUCAGCAUGAAAUAAAGACACUUUGCUCCUCAUA